UGAUGAUCCUUUCAACAAUCGGAUAUUGCCUUGCGUGUCUCUACUGGACUGUACAGAGUUUGAGUUGGUACAGCUUUCUCAAGUUAACGAACUAUGAGUUCCCACACCAAAGGCGACGAGGAUCAGGUUCUGGUGGAACAUAAGUUGUCUUCGAGAAUUCUGAUACUAAAUAGGCCUAGGCAAUUGAAUGCCUUAUCUUUUCAAAUGGUAUCUCAGCUUCUGGAGCUUUUUUAUGACUAUGAGUCAAAAUCUGAUAUAAAAUUGAUUGUCAUGAAGGGAAAUGGAAGGGCAUUUUGUGCUGGUGGUGAUGUUGCGGCUGUUGCUCAUUAUGCCAAGGGAGAUAACUGGAAGUUCGGAGCAAAGUUUUUUGAGAUUGAGUAUCAAAUGAAUUAUUUGAUGGCAACAUACAGUAAACCUCAGAUUUCAAUUCUUAAUGGAAUUGUCAUGGGCGGUGGUGCUGGUGCUUCUAUUCAUGGUAGAUUCCGUGUUGCUACAGAGAAUACAGUCUUUGCAAUGCCAGAAACAGCUUUAGGACUAUUUCCUGAUGUAGGUGCCUCAUACUUCUUGUCUAGACUGGCUGGAUUUUUUGGAGAAUAUGUUGGUCUUACAGGUGCUAGGCUGGAUGGUGCAGAAUUGCUUGCAUGUGGCCUUGCAACACAUUUUGUGCACUCAUCGAAGUUGACUUCCUUGGAAGAAGCUUUAUGCAAAGUAGAAUCCAGUGAUCCUGCUGCAGUGUCUGCUAUCAUUGAUAAAUAUUCUGAGCAACCCAUACUAAAGGAGGACAGUGCUUAUCGCAGGUUGGAUAUCAUCAAUAAGUGUUUCUGUCGAAGAACAGUUGAAGAAAUAUUAUCUUCUCUUGAGGGGGAAGCAAUGAGUAAGGCUGAUGAGUGGAUAUCUGCAACUAUUCAGUCUUUAAAGAAGGCAUCUCCAACAAGUCUUAAAAUCUUUCUUAGAUUGAUUAGAGAAGGCAGGGUUCAAGGUGUUGGUCAAUGCCUUGCUACCGAGUAUAGAAUCGUCUGUCAUGUUUUGCGAGGAGACUUCAGCAAGGAUUUCUUUGAGGGCUGUCGAGCUAUACUAUUGGAUAAAGAUAGGAACCCCAAGUGGGAGCCUUCCAAAUUGGAGCUUGUAACUGAUACAGACGUUGACAUAUACUUCUCCAAGGUGGACGAGGAAUGGUGGAACGACUUGGAGCUUCCCAAAAGGUUCGACAAUUUGCCUGUUUGGGCCAUUUCAAAGCUUUAGAGCAUCAUAUCACCAAUUCCUUGCCAACCAAAAGCAUAGAAUUCAACUAUGAAAUAAUAUGCCAGAAUGUCAGUGUCAAUUGGCUUCUUGAAACAUUCCACAUGGUAAUCCAUUGACUGGCCAUGAUAUGUAUUUUAUAAACUCAGUAUAUAUCAAUAAGUUGAACAGUUA